AUGAGUUUCCUCCAACCAACGUCAAAUGGGAAGCAAGUUUUCGUUGACAUGAAUUCGUACAUUCAUGUCGACGAAAAGUGGUUCUAUUUGACGAAGGUGAAGAGGAAGUUUUAUGCCUACGCCGACGAAGUUGCGCCCACCAGCCGGGUCAAGUCCAAGAAGUUCAUCACAAAAGUGAUGUUCUUGGCUGCUGUUGCCCGUCCCCGCUACGACUUCCACAAGACAGCAAUCUUCGACGGCAACAUUGGGAUUUGGUCCUUUGUGGUGCGGCAGCCGGCCCAGAGGAACAGCAAGAAUAGGGCCAAGGGAACGAUGCUCACAGUGCCUCAAAGUGUGACGCGAUGA